AUGGCUUUUGAGCCAACACGAACACCCAUCCCAACAACGACUCCAUUCAAACUUGCUACAACUAAAACUACUACCAGUCGAAAUACCUUUGACAAUAUCAUCUCUAGUAAGACAAAUUUGAAAUCCACAACUAUGGCUGGUACUAGAACUACUGUGAGAUAUGAAACCACUGCUAUUAAUUUGAGAUCAAAUACUUCUGCUGCUGCUACUACCGUUACUACUACCACUACCACCACUACUGCUACUUCAAAAACUUCCAAUAUUACCAACAGAAUUACUACCUCGCGGCUGGAUAAUGAAAUUUACAACUGCAAAACCAGAAAUCCUUCUCGACAGAUCUGCCAACAAAAUAUAUCAAAUGCACGAAAUGUGGUGACUGCCACAUGCGGCUCUGCCCUCGAGAUUCUAAGUGGGGUCAGAGGAAUGAAAGAUGUGAAUGAUGGUGGUGGUGAUGAAAGGAUGAUGAAGAAACAUACACAAAUGAAUAGUUUCAUAACUGAUUUAAUUCGGAGAAAGGCAUUUGGAUUGAAAUCUAAGAAAUUGAUGUUGACGAGGAACAACAAGGGUUAUUUCACUGGCUAUCCGUUACACGUUUUUCUGGUCCUGGCAAAUGAGUUCUGCGAAAGAUUUUCAUUCUACGGAAUGAAGGGUGAGGUUUUUCAAGAUUAA